UAGCAAACAAAAAAAUUUAUUUAUUUUUUAUUUUUGUCCUUGAUUUUGGACUCACAAAUAUUUGUUGCCGUCUGUGGUUAUCAUCAAAGAAAGCUACCUUCUGUGCUGGAAGAUGACUUCACAGGUAUGCAGUUAUCAGGGCUGCUACACACUGCGUUUCCCUUGCAGUUCGCUCACAUUCUUCCAAUUGCCAAAUGACGAGCCACGUCGUACUCAAUGGAUCCUAAAUAGUGGAAAUAAACAGCUUCAGAAUCUCAAGGCCAAUCAGCAGCGCUACUUUUGCGAAUACCACUUUAAUAAAAACGACAUAAAACCACAUUUUUAUCGGAAACUAUUGUAUAAAUAUGCAGUGCCAGUGCCAUAUAAGAGUGACAAUGUCCGUACGACUACCUCAAGCACAGCAGACGGCACAGAUUUUAAAGACUUGAACGAACUAGAAGAGGAUGUUAACGUGACUGAGGAAGCAUACAUUUCUGACUGCAAUCAAGUAAAUGAAAUAAGUGAUGUAGAAUACGAGGAUGAUCUUGUAGAGAGCCUGGAUAUUUCGUCAACCGAUGUUGCUUUACUGGACGAAGAAACUGAUGAGCAAUGUAUGAUAGCAAGUAUUAUUACGGAAGACUACAGAAUACCGGCUUUCCAAGAGAGCAAGGACAAUUUGGCAACAACGACAGACUCCGAUGCGAAUGAAGAAAUAGCUGCGAUUGAUACGGGACCUACUAUUUCUAUUGAUGUUGACUACCUUGACACCACUCCUGCUGAAACGUCAUCAGCUAUCAUUACUUCGACAGCUUCCUCCACUACUAGCGAUAUCGUUAAUGAAGCUACAACCGGAAUUGAAUAUGAUGCUGCAGGUACAACUUCGCUAGUAAUGAACAAUGAUCAUGAAGUUAAUAACGAGCCAGGAACUUCUGAUAAAUCAUAUGAAUCUGACAAACAUUUUGCGCUAUCACUGGUAUAUUAUUUUCAACGUUUGAAUGAGAAGAAGAAAGCAAAAGCCAAAAUUGAUAUACUCAGCUACCUAGUAGCGCUUGAGCUGGACAACGAUGCAUAAUUAGAUGCUGUAAUUAUAGUUCAAGAUAAUAAUAGCUGCUAACACAAUAAUAAUUUAAGAUAAGUGCAGGUAUGGAGCUUUUUAUUUUUUAGUAGUUUCAUUUGGUUUUUCAAAAAGAGUUUUGCGAAUAUGAAAUUUCAUGAUUAAAGUUUAUUAUCAAACAGGUUGAGUAAAACCGCUGCUUAUGUUGUAGCGUCAUAAAUUGUUCUAUAAAAGUUGUUGGUGUAUUCUCUAGAAGUCAUUGCGAUAUAUGUAUGCCAAAGGCUCUUUAUGGCGUUAAAUGUAAAUGCCGCAGUACCAUUUUUAUUACUAUAACAACGUGUUGUUUUGGUAACAAUUCCAUAAAUAAAACAACUUUGUUUUUAGACUAAAUUUUA